AUGUCUACCUAUUCACAAUCCUCCUAUACUUCAAGUGUUUUUGAGUACCCAUUAAAACAACAAAAACAGCACAACAAUACCCCCGCUAUGGAGAAUACUUCUGCAAUGGAUUCAUUUUUAUACGACCAACGUAUCAAAGAAAUUGAAAGAUAUUAUUUAUCUACUCUAUUAAAUGAUAGUAAUGGUGGUACUACUACUCCUUCCAAUGACUAUGAAUAUGAAGAUGAUAAUUUCAUGCUUACCAAGGAAAACAUUAUUUCUAACAAAAAUACAGACUCUAUGGCCCCUCAUAAUGAUUUGUAUGAGCUACUUUCUUCCCUCUCCAUUUCUCAGCGACCAUUUAAUGAUUUUCCUACCAAUAACACUGGUGGCUUAUACUCUUCUUUUCCAUUUCUCAAUGUAGAAAUAAACAAAAAUGUUGACACAGUUCCCAUUGACAACAAAGAUAAACGAAACUUGUCCGUAACAUCAACUGUUUCUACUAAACCAAACUUUGUAGAGAAAGAGUUUAUACAGCAAGAAAAGGUCCUUUAUCAGCAGGAUCUUUCUUCUCGGAAUGUUGCAAAACAGGUUAAUAAAUCAUUAUACAAGACUGAAUUGUGUGAAACUUUUACUACCACUGGAGAUUGUAAGUAUGGGUCUAAAUGCCAAUUUGCUCAUGGUCUACACGAAUUAAAAAUUAAGGAAAUCAAUGGGAAAAAUUAUAGAACUAAACCGUGCCAUAAUUGGAAAAAAUAUGGUGUAUGUCCCUAUGGAAAUAGAUGUGUUUUUAAACAUGGUGACAAUGAUGAUAUUAAAGUUUACUUACAAGCAGGUACUAUUAAGGUGGAAAAGGAUGGUUCCGCUACUACUAGGAAAAAAUCUAAUAUUUCUACUAAAUAUGCUAGCCCAUCUGUUGUUGCAAAAAAGAAUGACUUUGCUAACGUAAAAGUGCUAUCUGGUAUGAAUUGGUAA